AGACGACACAUGUGCAGGGCUUAAGCUCCAGGCUGGCGUCAACAAAAUUACUAGCACAUUCUAAUCGCAACCGCAACCAUACCAUACAACAUGACGCAAGUGAUAUCGAAUACAGGCCACGAUGACAUGAUUCACGAUGCCGUCCUAGACUACUAUGGCCGCCGCCUCGCGACAAGCUCGUCGGACCGCACAAUCAAAAUCUUCGAGGUGGACGAUGAGUCCCACCGGCUGAUUGAGACACUCAAGGGCCAUGAAGGCGCUGUCUGGUGCGUUGCCUGGGCGCAUCCCAAGUAUGGGACUCUGCUUGCCUCGUGCUCAUUUGACGGCCGCAUCAUAAUAUGGCGUGAAGGCCCACCAUGGAGCAAAGCUUUCGAUUUUGGCGGCCACAACGCGAGCGUAAAUCUGGUUUCGUGGGCGCCACACGAGGCGGGCUGCCUCCUUGCCGGUGCAAGCUCGGAUGGUCAGGUCAGCGUACUUGAAUUCAAGGACAACCAGUGGACGUCGACGAUGUUCCAGGCACAUGGUCUUGGAUGCAAUGCGGUGAGUUGGAGUCCGAGUAUUGCCCCAGGUGCUGUGACCAGUGCGACUGGCGGGUACCAGGCACCUCCACUUAGGAGAUUCGCGACGGGUGGAAGUGACUGUCUAGUCAAGAUAUGGGAUUUUGCGCCAGAUACGCAGACAUAUACCUGUAUAGCCGAACUACCCGGUCAUCAGGACUGGGUACGAGAUGUGGCGUGGGCACCAACCAUCUUAACGAAAAGCUAUAUUGCGAGUGCGUCCCAGGACAAGACCGUCAAGAUUUGGACGACGACCGCAGCAAAUCCUACAUCUAGCGAUUGGACGUCCGCAACACUGUCUUUCGAUGCCGUGGCCUGGCGGGUCAGCUGGUCCCUGAGCGGAAAUAUUCUUGCAGUUAGCACUGGCGAUAACAAGGUUAGCUUGUGGAAGGAGCGUUUGGCUGGCGGAUGGGAGAAUGUGAAGACAAUUGAGGAAUGAGUAUCACCAGUUGAGAAAAGAUAAUUUGAUACGUCGAUCGAAGGACGACGGAAAAUUCCUAGGGGAAUGGAAGACAGGGCUGGACAGAAUAGCUGGAAGCCCAUGCAACAUAUGCUUUUCGCGGAAAAAUCACCAAAUGAACCAAACUUCAUCGGUUCAUCGAACGUAUGGCAUGGCGGACAGUAGAAUAGGAUGAUAAUAAAUCAUCAAUUAGCUCAUACUUGUCGCGAGAGAUCUUUCAUGCUCGGGCUACGUUGUCUGAAGCUCUUUUUAGGAAAGGCUGACGACAAGGCUGAAGAGAUCGAAAAAGCUCUCUAAGUUAGAUUCUUUAUGCUUUAUGAGUUCCAUUACUUAUUAGUGCAAAGCUCUAGGAAUCAGCUAGCGGUCAAACUUCGCGCAGACGUGUG